AUGCCAGCACGAGCCCUGGUCUCGAUGAAUCUCUCACUCACACACUCAAUCGUUCUCGGCGUUGCUCGGAAUGGCGGGAUGGACGAAGAGAAGGGUGGUGAAAUGAUUCAGAGUGAGUCACGAAUCACACCCUCACACGCCCUGGCCGAACAGAGGGGCGCGGCGGGCGGGGAGGCAGCAGACGACAAAGGGGCAGUCUCAGCAGUAGGAGGAGCAGUAGCAAAGCACAACAGGAACAUUAACUACAAUAACAUUAACAGCAUCAGCAUCAGCAUUAGCAUCAGCUAA